UUACUCUCCAUUUAAAAAAAUUAUUCUCUUAUUAUUUCUCAUUCCUUCUCUUUGUCUUAGUGUUAUCUCUUGUUGCCUAUCUCCACCACUGCCACUACAAUCACCAUCUCCACCAUUAUCACCACUAUCACAGCAACAACAGGAGCAGCAACAGGUCACCAAGAGAAUUAUCUAAAGUAAAUGGAAGAAGAAAGAAUGAGAAAAAAAGUCUAAAGAAGAACAAACAGAAACUCCAAAAAGAAAAAGAAAAGAUGCAAAACAAUUACAACAUUAAUGGAUAACAAUAACAACAACACUAACUAAUUAAUACAUUAAUGACACUAGCAAUAACAUUAAUAUAUAACAAUAGAAACUACACUAAUAGUACUUUAACAAAAUAGACAAAAAUUUAAAAAGUAAAACUAAAUUGUAUGCUUUAAAGAAUUUUAAUUUUAAUAUUUUUUUAUUUACCAUUUUUCUAGUUUUUGUUAAACUUAUUUAGUACAUCAGUUUGUGUAGAAAUAGGGGUAAUAAAAUGAAGAAAUCUGUCAAAAUCGAACCACUUGAAAGCCUAGAGUCUGAGGAAAAAGAAAAUCGGUCUAACAAAAUAAUAUUACUGUCGGUGAUAUGUAUUUUGAUAAUGGAAUUAUGUGAAAGACUCACCUAUUACAGCAUUACCGCAAACUUAGUCUUGUUUGCUAAAAACAGGCUAAAGUAUGAUAAUUCUAUAUCCAGUUACAUUGUCCAAAUUUUUUCAGGUAUGAGUUAUGUGAUGCCAAUCGUUGGAGGUUAUAUUUCUGAUAGCAUUUCUGGAAAAUUUAAUACCAUUUAUGGCUCAGGCCUCAUCUACUUGUGUGGUACAUUUCUGUUGCCAGCUUCAGCAGUUGAUUAUCGGAAAUGGUUUGGUUUGACAUCAGAUGGAUUAAUAUUGGAUCUCGACUUGACAUCUCGAAGAAUUUACUUCAUCCUUGCUUUGUCACUUAUUGCGAUUGGUACAGGGGGUAUUAAAGCUAAUGUAGCACCAUUUGGAGCACAACAAAUUGAUUCCCUUGGACCAAAGAUGGUACAGAGAUUUUUCAACUGGUUCUACUGGUUCAUCAAUGUUGGUGCAUUAAUUGCAUACUCAUGUGUGGCCUUAGUACAGCAGAAUAUUUCGUUUGAAAUUGGUUAUUUAAUUCCAUUUCUCAGUAUGUUGUUUGCAAUGGUUGCACUGGUCUCUGGACGUAACAUUUAUAGGCACUCUUACCCAGCAGGUAGCGCCCUCUUACAGAGUGCUAAAAUAAUCUGGGAAGGAUUCAAAAGACAUAAAUUGGUGAAGAACCAAGCAAGAUCUGAGGGCAAGAAAACCAGUAGCUUUGAUGGAGCCAAGAAGGAAAAUGGGGGAUCAUUUGAUGCUGUAACUGUUGAAGGAGUCUUGAGUUCUCUGAAAGUUUUACCUGUGUUUAUUGCUAUCCUCUUUUAUUGGGUAAUUCUUUCGCAAAUGUCUUCCACAUAUUUCCUACAAGGAACUGUUAUGGACAUUUCCAUCAAUGGUGCUCCAAUGCCAGUUGCAGUAUUAAAUGUCUUCAAUGUGGUCAUCAUUCUAAUUCUGAUUCCUAUCCUAGACUUUGUCUACAGAUAUCUCCAGAAGAUUGGCAAAAAUCCAACACCGCUGCAACGUAUUGGGUUUGGAUUAGUAUUAACUGCACUAUCAGUGGCUGUAGCUGGAAUUGUGGAAAUAUUCCGAGUAAAAGAAUUGAGGGCACAUGGAGGUGUAGUACAGUGCUUGGCCAAUAAACCUUACAAUGCUUCUCAUAUUUCUAUAUUUGCCCAGAUUCCACAGUUUGCACUCAUUGGCUCUAGUGAAGUAUUUACCAGUGUCACAGGUUUGGAAUUUGCAUAUUCCCAAGCACCUGAAACUUUGAAAGGUUUGGUCAUGGGGAUUUUCCUGCUCACAACUGGUUUGGGAAAUUUUCUGUCGACAGCUGUCAUUGCUAUUGUUGAUGCACUGACAAAGAAAGAUCCCUGGCUGAACAAUGAUGACAUUAAUUCAGGCCAUCUGGAAUAUCUCUUCUUCUUACUUUGUGGUUUGAUGACAGUAGCAUUUUUCCUCUUCCUGUUCGUAAGCAAGAUCAUGAAAUUUGACAGUGAAGACAAGCUAAAACAGAAGUUGGCAAGACAGGAUAUGGAAUUUACAGCUGAUGAAAAUAAAAUAACUGAAAUUUGAUAAUUUUAA